UACGUGAGAAAAAAUGGAAGAUAUUGAUGCAUUUACAAAGAAUAUGGAAUAUUUGAAUAAAAACAAAUGUAGUAAAGAUUUUUCUCUUACUAAAGUUUUUGAGAACGUUUUAAAUGGAACGAUAAUUUCAAAUGUCAAAAAAUAUAAUGUUAUCCCAUCAACAUCAAUGAAUAAUCUAUUUGAUAACCCUCAGAAUCAGACUAUAAUUGAUAUUGAACCUGGAAUCCAAAAAAAUAAACAUAUAUUUAGUUUUUUAACCAUAUCCAUAAAAGAGAGACUAAUUAUCUCAAUGUGCCUUUUAUGUUUUUCUAUUUUAUUAUUUUUCCUGUCUUGUAUGUAUAUCCCACUUUUAAUAUUGAAAGCUCGUAAAUUUGCUUUAUUAUAUUCUUUAAGCUCAUUUAGUGGAUGUCUAAGUAUUAUCAUUCUAACCAAUGGGCUUAAAAGCAAAUCAAAUUGUAUCAAUAUUAAUCCUUUGACUCUUGUUCAUAUGAAAUUCUAUUUAAAUAAAGGAUACAAAUUAUUAUCACAAUCUGAUGAUAAUCAACAAACCUUGCCUAUAAAUUCCACACCUACUGAAAACCUAAAUAAUUCUAAAAGCUUUAAUGUAAUAUUUAUUAUAUAUAUAAUAACCUCUUUAUGUACUAUAUAUUCAGCAGUUUGGCUUAAAAGCACAUUAUUAACCAUCAUUUUUUGUAUCAUACAAUUUAUUAGCCUUAUUUUAUAUGUUAUCAAUAUCAUACCUGGCGGAAAUCAUGGGCUAUAUAUGUUGCGUAAAAUGUUUACAUACACUUUUAAAAAAACAUUUAACAAAAUUAUAUCUUGACAUAUUUGAAAAUAUAUAUUUCAAUUAUUCAAAAAAAUAACCAUUCAUUUAUAAUUUUAAUAUAUGCAUAAUAACUUAUUGAUAAUUUUUUAAAAUGCAAUUUUUAAU